AUGCCUCCGGUUAUGGAUGAGCAAGCUUCUUCAAACAGCGAUGAACUGAUCACAGCAAUAUGCCUAAGUGUUACUUCUAUCAACGACAAUCAUCUGGCUGAAUGUUAUUCCAUACAGAAACGGCGUCUUUAUCGUAUUCAUCUACCAGACGACAGAGCGUGCAAGUCUUGGGAGCUGCAGUUCGUGCUUAGGAACGCCGACGCGAAUGGUGUAUAUUAUGUCGAUAAAUUUGAUGUGCCUGAACAGUCACCUCUAGAAAACAAAUCGGUGGUGAUUGGAAGCGAUGGCGUAGUUAAGCUCCAAGCGUACGUCUCGAUCAGCUACUGCGCACAUCACGAAAGUUAUGAACGCAAAGUUUUCUGGUCCGAGCAGUUUGGAAGAGUGCUAGCUGGAGAGGACGUUGCUAAUGCUCAACGAUAUGUUAUUUAUUCCACAAGGGUCGAACGGUAA